AUUAAGGAACAUAAGGAGCUAUAAAUAGUUUGAUGAUUGCGUAAAUGAUUUAAUAAAAACAAUCGUAAGUUUGACAUUAAUUUUACAAAGUGUUGGGAGGUUGCGGUUUGAAGGUUUCUGGUUUCGGUGGUUUUCAUUAACGUGCAGUCUUAAUUAUGGGCAGUUUCCACAGCAUAUAUUGGCAUGAUCAUGAUCAACAGAAACUUCACAACCAUUAUUGACAUAAUUUUUCUGAGCAACAUUUCUUUUUCUUUUCAGUACUCUUGAACUCUAGAGUUUUUUCCACACUAAUGUCGCUCAUUAGAGAUUCGCAACACCUUCGUGUACCCUUUAGAGAUAUCGAAAUAGCCACUAGAAACUUCACAACCAUAAUCGGAAAGGGUGGAUAUGGCCAUGUCUAUAAAGGAGAACUCUUACUUUCGGGUAAACUUACCUCUGUCGCUGUGAAGCGACUACCAAAAAACAACCAUUCUGGUCAAGGUGUUAAGGAGUUUUUAACAGAGAUUCAAUUACUCUCCCGUUAUGAACAUCCAAACCUGGUCUCCCUUCUUGGUUACUGUGAGGAACACGAUGAAAACAUACUUAUUUAUGAGUAUGCAGAGCAUGGAAGCCUGGACUGUUACAUAAGUAUGGCUAAUACCAGGUUUCGACUCCCAUGGAAGCAAAGAAUUAAAAUAUGCAUCGGAGCAGCACGGGGUUUGGAUUAUCUUCAUAACCAUGUUGCAGAAAAUCAUAGAGUUAUCCACAGGGAUAUAAAGAGUGCGAAUAUUCUUUUAGAUCACAACUGGAAAGCUAUGAUUUCAGAUCUUGGUCUUUCUAAGAUAGGUCGUGCAAAUGAAAAUGAGAGUUAUCUCAUUACAAAUGUUGCUGGCACACAUGGGUAUUGUGAUCCCGCGUAUAUGAAUACAGGUAUUCUGACAAAAGAAUCGGAUGUUUAUUCAUUUGGCGUGGUAUUGUUUGAAGUCUUAUGUGGGAGGCCAUACAUCAUGAAGGUAAAUGAAGAAUGCCGAUUCCUAACACAACUAGCUCAGACCUGCUACGAAAAAGGGAAUUUAAAUGAUAUAAUUGAUACUGAUUUGAAGAAACAGAUGAACUCAGAUUCCUUGAAAAAGUUCUCAAAGAUUGCAUAUAAGUGCUUGAAGAAUGAUCGGAAACAACGACCCUCAAUGGGUUUGGUGGUAGAGAAACUUGAGAAAGCUUUGGAAUUGCAAGAACGUGCGGAAACAUGGGCACCAAAUGUACGCUCAAUGUUUUUGAAGUUCAUGCAAUUCCUUGAUGUCCAUAAGUGCAAAUUACAAAUGCACUUCUCUUGGAUGGUUACGAACUUGCAUACACUUGUGGAAAUGUCGGCACGAAAUGUUAACAAGAGGUGGAUUGUGAUCUUGAUACUUUUGCUGAUAAUGAUAAAAAAACAAGUAAUAAUAAAAAUACUAUUGAUUCUGUUUUUCUUACCUUUAUUAUUGCUAGUAUUAUUACUAUUAUUGUUUUUAUUUAUUAGAACUCUAUGCAAUAGGGGUUUUGUUCGGAUUUCGGAUAUUCGGAUUUCAUGUUAGGUUGGGUAUUUAAAGAUAUAUCUGAUUUUGUAACAAACCUUAAAAAACAUAUAAUUGUCGGAUGCUACUUGUAUAUAAAGUGUGUCAAUGGACAACAACCCACCGAUGCUUGCCUCUUCACCGAGAUCUAU